UUAAACCAGUCUGCACUGUGCUGAGCACUGCAGCGUGUUCUACAGCAGGCAGACACGAAGGAUAUUGUACUGAGCGAUGCAGAGUACACAACGUCAUCACAAUUGUGAAAAGAAUUUGCACAGUUGAAGACCAUGAGCACAGAGGAGAAUUUCUAUGGGAAAUAUGGUGAUUCAAAGAAAUAUGAUCCAAAAUUCAAAGGCCCAGUUGCAAACAGGAGCUGCACUGACAUCAUCUGCUGCCUCAUCUUUUUUGCAGCCACCAUAGCAUAUGUCAUUGUGGGGAUAGUGGCAUGGAUCCAUGGAGACCCUCGCAAAGUGAUCUAUCCGACUGACAGUCGUGGCGAGUUCUGUGGUCAGGUUGGAGGCAGGAAUGAGCAUAAACCAUUUCUAUUUUAUUUCAACCUGCUCAAGUGUGCCAGCCCUUUGGUAUUGCUGGAGUUUCAGUGUCCUACCACACAGAUCUGUGUAAGUAAAUGCCCAGAAAGGUUUGACAGCUUCAUCACUGCACAUGCGCAACUUAAAGUGAAACCAGAAAGAUGGCAGAAUUACUCCCAGUUCUGUAAACCAGGCUUUAAUGAUUCAACCAAGACGCCUGUUGAAGUGUUUAAAGAUGGGGAUUGUCCGGCCUUUUUAACUCCCAGCAAGCCCUUUACCCAAAGAUGCCUCCCUGACCUAAAAGUCCAGCGGGGUGUGGUUAAAGUUGCCGACAAGACUGCUUUCAGUUCAGAUGAUGGUGGAUCUGUAAACGCCACGCAGUUGCUGGAAGGAGUGAAGGGAGCAAACAUAGUGCUUGAAGCCAGAGAGGUUGUAAUGAAGAUAUUUGAAGAUUACACACAAUCUUGGUACUGGAUUUUGAUAGGAAUGAGUAUCGCCCUGGUGAUUAGUCUGCUCUUUGUCAUCUUGAUGCGUUUCAUUGCUGCGUUUGUGGUGUGGUCGAUCAUCCUGAUGGUCAUUGCUGUCCUUGGCUAUGGUAUUUUUCACUGCUACAUGGAAUAUAAACAGUUGAAAGGAGUGCAAGGAUCAGAGGUGACGAUCAAAGAACUGGGCUUCCAUACUGACCUCCGAGUCUACCUGCAUCUACGGCAGACCUGGCUGGCAUUCCUGAUCAUUCUGGUAAUCGUGGAAGUUAUCAUCAUUCUGAUGUUAAUAUUCCUACGGAAGAGGAUUCUGAUAGCAAUAGCCCUGCUAAAGGAAGCAAGCAAAGCUGUUGGCUGUAUUAUGUCCACUUUGGUCUAUCCUGUCAUCACAUAUCUCCUGCUGUUACUCUGCGUAGCUUACUGGGGCAUUACCGCUGUCUUCUUGUCAACCUCAGGCAAAGCAGUUUAUAAAGUGCUGGCAAAUGAGUCGACUUGUAAUUACACCAUGAAGACCUGUGAUCCUAAUACCUUUAAUAUUUCCAAGAUCAUAAAGCAGUGCCCAGAAGCAGAGUGUAUAUUUGCAUUCUAUGGAGGCGAGUCAUACUAUCAUCGGUACCUCAUCUUCUUCCAAUUCUACAAUGUCUUUCUCUUCUUCUGGCUCAGCAACUUUGUCAUUGCCUUGGGACAGGUUACACUCGCAGGAGCUUUUGCCUCUUACUACUGGGCUUUCAAUAAACCGGAUGACAUUCCAACAUUCCCGGUGUUUUCUUCAAUAGGACGUGCACUCAGGUACCACACUGGCACCUUGGCAUUUGGAUCUCUCCUCUUAGCCCUUGUCCAGGUUAUCAGAGUUUUGUUGGAAUAUAUCGAUCAGAAAGUGAAAGGUGCACAGAAUAAAGUUGCAAAAUUUAUAUUGUCUUGCCUGAAAUGUUGCUUCUGGUGUUUGGAGAAAUUCCUGAAGUUUUUGAACAGGAAUGCUUAUAUCAUGGCAAGUAUUUGUCUCUUUCUAAAUUUCCUGUGGCUGAAUGGUCAGAUUCUCUGGUUAUCUCAAUGUUAUUUCUGGGGUCUUGAGUGAAAAUUGUUUCCUUGGUUAUAAAAAUUGCUUUCCCCCUAGAUUUGCUCUUGCCCUUCUGCUGGCCCCUCGCAUUCUCACCUCCCCCAUUGUCGUCUCCACUUACUCUUAAGUCUAGUCCCCUCUUGCUGCUGCUUGCUGACUCUGCUCAGUC